UGUCCACGAAGUAUUCAGAUCAUCGACAAGGAAGGAAGCAACAUGGGCAGCAGGUUGGGAAGACGGGUCAUCCAUUUUGCUAAUCUCCCCAUUAAGCUUCUCAUGCCCUCAACUUUCAGCAACAUCAAAGAAAUUGCACUCAAAACUAUCCCUUCAGCUUCAAAGAUCGAAAUCAAGAGAGUUCUUGAAUCAUUGUAUGGCUUUGAAGUUGAGAAGGUCCAAACCCUAAACAUGGAAGGGAAGAAGAAGAAGAGAGGCGGACUACUGAUUGCAAAACCAGAUUACAAGAAAGCCUAUGUAACCCUAAAGAAUCCAUUAUCCAUCUCUCCAGAUCUCUUUCCGAUGCGUGUAAUUGAAGAGGAGAGGCAAAGAAUGAAUAAGCAGUCAAAGUCGAGCAUUGUUGAGGAAAAGGAAGGGAAAUCUCAUUGGCUUGAUGGCAAGGGCGACAACAGAUUUAAGCCUGAGAAGCAACCAACCAAUAAAGGAAGUCGUGGUGGUCGUGGUGGUGGUGGUGACUCCAAUGCUGGGACUGCUAAAUUCCCUUGGAGUAGCAUGCAUUCAUCGAAGUAGUUGUCUUCAUAAUUCAAGCAAGUUUCUUUUCUAUAUUUUCUGGUAGCUUUGAUUGUGGAAUUCUGAAGGUGUUGAUUUUGAGCAAUCCUUUUGUUCUUGGAUCUAGUUGACGCAGGUAAGCGUACUUCAUUUUAGUUGGAAAUAAUUGACUGUCAUUCUUGAGUUAGCACUUUUUUACCUU